AUGGACGUAAAGAAACCUUCUUCUUCGCGUAAUAACGUCCUUGCGCGGGCCCGCAACAUCGCCAAGAAUGUCGUCCAAGGACAUGUCCAUCCUAGAACUCGAUCAUGCCACAAGUCAACUCACUCCAUUAUCGCUACUCUACCCAACGAGGUUCUCAGUAUGAUCUUCCAUGAGGCUACUCGGUCGAUGGGUCUUCCGCUUUUCGCUCCUGGCUACGGUCAGCAUGGCCCGGGCUGGUUCGUACUACUCUGGAUAUGCGCUCGAUGGCGCGAGGUUCUUAUUACGGACCCUUCUAUUUGGGCAGCAUGCUACUCGCACUACCCCAAGUUACAGUCGCUCUUCAUCGAUCGUGCGCGACUCAUUCCGCUCGUCUAUAGAUUGAACGCCUCCGAGCCUCGCAUCUCGCCGGUGAGCGGCAUGUUUCGAGCCGACGAAGUUUCACUUUCGCACUUCUUUUCCCAUACUCCCCUGGACAAAUGCGGCGAAAUCGACGUCCGUGAUGGUCGCGGGAACGACAUCACAGACUAUAUAUUCGGACUGGCGGAGGCGUCAACAGACGAACCCCUCAAGAUUCUUCGCGAUCUUCACCUGGAGACAUGGCAUUGGUGCUGGACGGGUCUGAGAGCAAACGUACUUACGCAGGGACAUGACGCAUUCGCCAUAACAGCCGACAACCUCGAAAACGUACACCUACAAAACUGUUGGACCAUCAUCAUCUCGCCCGAAGUCAGACGGUUCACUCUCAUCUUCGGCACCAACUACCUUUCCCGACCAACCAUCGACGUAUUCUAUCGGGCCAUGACGAUGCUAGGUACAAAGAAGCUUACUCACUUGACGCUCACCAAUCCGGUCGGUGGAAGUUACCGGUCGGACGUUCGCGCGUAUCAGGCCAACCCAAUUGUACUGCCUGCAUUGACGCAUGUCAGCCUAACAGGAUACGCUCCUCACAUCGCCAAUGUCCUACGGAUAUUCUCUUGGACUCGUGGCCAUGUGUACGCGAAUGUGCGGACCGUAGUGGGAGACGGUCCAGGACAAAGUUUGGCAGAUGAGCAAGAUAUAUUGGGCAUAUAUUACCCAGCUGGCCAUCAGGACACAGUCCGUGCAGUAACAGUCCAGUGCGACGCUCACGAAGGACAUUUGGCCGAUCGAAUAACGCUCCGAUUCUGGUCUACCGACUGGAGUUCUGAUCGUAGGUCUUCUGUAGACCCCGAGUCGGUCAUUUCUUUCGGAGGAGCUUACUUACCGUGCAUGUGGUACGAGACAGUACUCGCGGCAUUGCAAGUUUGCAGCGCUAUCAACGUCAACCUGCUCGUACUUGCCUUACCAUCGGGCGGCUUCUUAGGUGAUAAUAUUCCCUGGGAGGGACUCUUCACGCUCACACCCAACCUUCAACGCCUCUUCCCGCGACGCCGAAUCUUGGACAGUAUCGGUACAGUCGAAGAUGGCCACGUUCUGGGACACGAGUUUCGUGCUCGCGUACACGAUUUUAGACCUUUUUAA